GAUCAAAUAUUUCUAUGGGUUCGACAUCGUGGAGCUCUGGAGUUACACACCGUUAACUAUCGAUCAAGUGCUGUCGCUGUAUCAACAUUCAACAGUAAUUUGACUAGCAGUAGACACUGUACUUUGUAGCUUUAUUUUACCAAUGUCAACUGACGGAAAAAGAACGGAAUAUACAUGUGCAUAUCCACGACAGGUGAUAGUCUUGCAAUUUGAAUCACAAUACUUGUUCGGAAAGUCAUUUGAUAUUGCAAAGUGAUGGGAAAUAUUUGUAUUUAAAAAAAAAUGGCUGAGGAGUCCUGUCCCUUGGCCCUGUCUGAGCUGUGUCUGGCCCAGGUGUGUCUCAGCCUGGACUCCCUCUGCAGUACGCACCCAGACGGCUCCCUGAGGCUCAGCUGGGCCCCACUGCUCCCACAGGAAAUGGCUGAUCAGCUACUGCACAAGAUGGCUGCCCAGGGUACACUAAACGACAGAACAGUCGGUAUCUUCCGCAGCUGUGAACAACUCCGUCUGCGCAGAGCUUGUGUCCGCUCCUCCCCCCUCUCUGCAGAGGCCUUCCGUCUGGCCCUCUGCCCUCACCGGCUGCAGGAGCUGGAUGCAUCCGGGGUCCCUGGGGGCCUCACUGGUGCCCAUAUCCUCUCAGGCCUGGCCUCCAACCCGGAGUGCAGAGCCAGCCUGCAGAGGCUCACACUGAGCAGGUUCCAGUUGGGCUGGACGUCCCUGGAGAUGGAGGAAGAGCAGGUGGGCUUCAGCUCUCUGCAGGGCCUGAGGACACUCAACCUGGCCAACACAGACCUCACAGACCCCUUCCUGGAGGACAUCUGUACUCUGCCACAGCUAGAGGUCCUGGACAUCUCCAGCACCCCCGUCACGGAGCUGAGCGCCCUGCUGGGUUGCCGGCUUACCCUGAGAUCCCUGACUGCCCACGGGCUGAGGCAGCUGGACAUGUCACCCGCCAGGGUGAUCUCCAUCCUUAGCCAGCUACACGCCCUCAGGCACCUGGACCUCUCUGACGACCGCUUCGCCUCUGCACCGCCAUCCGCAGAGAACGACGAAGGGGCGGAGGGGGAUGAAGCAGUGAGGCUGCUUCUGGAGGGGGGUUCUGGGAUUCUCCCAGCACUUGUGUCUCUGGAUGUGUCUGGAAGGAAGAAGGUGACUGAAGGGGCGGUCACGGCCUUCGUCGAGGGGAGGAGAGGGCUUUUGUUCCUGGGGCUUCUGGCUACUGGGGCUGGCUCCUGUGAUGUUCUGUCUGGGAAGGACAACUUAAAGGUGACCGGCGAGGCCAAUGAGAAGCAGAUCUGUGAAUCUCUGAGGAGGUACAGAGAGAGAGAGUGUUUCACACGCGAGGCCCUGGUCCAUCUCUACCAGCUGACUAACGACAUGUACGACCAGACCAGACCAGACAUCCUGAAGCUGGUGUUGGGAGGGAUGCAGAGCUACUCAGAAUCUCUCCAUGUCCAGCUGGUGGCCUCAGCCUGCGUCUUCAACCUGACCAAUCAGGACAUGGCUGUGGGCAUGCCCCACCCCCUGCUCAGCGCAGUUGUGCAUCAGGUGCUGGAAGCCAUGAGAAGCUUCCCCAGCCACCAACAGUUACAGAAGAACUGCCUGCUGGUGCUCUGCAGUGACACCAUCCUUCAGGACGUCCCUUUUGACAGGUUCGAAGCAGCCAAGCUGGUGAUGAACUGGCUCAGCGGUCACGUGGACCGGACCCUGCAGCGGAUGGCCGUGGCCGUCAUUUCCAUACUAGUGGCCAAAUUGUCCACAGAGCAGACCACACAGCUGGGGGCUGAUAUAUUUAUUAUGAAGCAGCUGCUGGGUAUAGUGCAACAGAAAGCCAUGGCAGGAGUAGUGGACUCCACUCUGAAGUUUGCCCUGAGUGCUCUGUGGAACCUGACUGAUGAGACACCCACUGCCUCACGACACUUCAUCCAGUGUCAGGGCCUGGAGCUGUAUGAGGAGGUGCUGGAGACCUACUAUUCUGAAUCGUCUAUACAGCAGAAAGUUCUAGGUCUUCUGAACAACAUAGCAGAGGUGGAGGAGCUGCAGGCAGACAUGAUGCAGGAGGACCUGUUGGAGCAUGUAGUGACCCUGCUCCAGGGGCCCCAGGUGGAGGUGGGGGUCAGCUACUUUGCUGGGGGCAUCCUGGCCCACCUCACCUCCAGACAGGAUGCAUGGACCCUAGACCAGGGGCUCCGACAAACCAUACUGGAACAGCUGCAUGCUGCCAUACUGACCUGGGCCCUCCCUGAGCGUGAGAUGGUGUCCUACAGGUCGUUCCGGCCGUUCUUCUCCCUGCUUCAGACCUCUCAGCCUGCUGGAGUGCAGCUAUGGGCUGUCUGGGCUAUGCGUCUCGUCUGCACUCAGAACGGUGUGCAGUACUGCCAUAUGCUCCAGGUGGAGGGGGCAGUGGAAUUCCUGAAGAUCUUGUCCUCUGACCUUGACACCCACAGCAACGUCAGAGGGAUGGCAGAGAGCAUCCUGGUAAUGGUGGAGCGCCACCAGCCCACCAGCAGUCCCCUGAGAACACAGACAGAAAAGGGACAUCAUGGGAGUUCAUGAUGGAUCUGUGACCCUUGACCCCUUAGUCACAGGUGGGAGGAGGAUUUUUAUUUUAUUUUCUUAAUUGGGUAUUAGGAAAGGGUGUGUUUAAAUAUAAAUUGGAUAUCUGGCAUCUCUCUUUCUGUGUACAGUCUACUAUAUGUAUUUUAUAGUAGUUGCAUUGGUGGGAAUUAGGAAAAUAAAUAUACAUGAAUAUA